ACACAAGUGGUCUGUUGAAGAGACUGUACAGAUUGGUGCACAUACUUUUUUUUAACGAGAGUAAAGCGUAAUUCGGGUUUUGCAACUAUUUUUUUGUGGAAAUGAAAAUUUUGGUGAUCGUUCUUAGUGCAAUAGUGUCUCUAGCACUCGCGAAAAGCAGAGCCGAACGAUCAGGUGAAAUUCAAAAAAAUGGAACAGAUCAUCAAAAUGACGACAAAACCAACAUGACACACCUAUCGAAUACAGUGAAUGCAAUCACUUCACAUUUAGUCAAAAUUAUCGAAAGCGUAGGCACUUCUCAUAUGGACGACGUGCUACUUUCAGUGUACCCGCUCGAAGACGUUAUAUUGUUCAUUGGCGCUCAAUCGGACAAGUCGUUUCAAGAACAUUUAUAUUUUCUGUUUGAUAAACUUCUGGAUGUUGUGUAUUGUAUGUACGAAAGAUUGGAUGAUGCAUGGCACGGAGUGUCAUACCUGAUUGAAUCAAAAUUGAGUCAAAUAUCAGUGUUCACGUUACAAAUUGUUGAUGAAAUACGGACAUUAAGUGAACAAAGUGAAGACAAUUAUUACGAUGCCAAAUUUAUCACCGUCAAAGAGUCAGUUGUUAACCUGACAACGUCCUUAAUUGGUUUGACUUCGUUGACUACUUCAAUUGGACAACUUAUUACUACCAGGGACCGAAGUGUUUCCGUUAUAGUUGAAACUAUCACUUCACUGAUAUUAAUCCAUCAAUACGCCGUAGCAGCCGUAGCAUGUCUACUAUCCCGUGUAGUUACAUAUUCACCAAAUUUAAUACAUGCAACUGGAAUGGCCACUCUCACUAACGCACUUGUUAACUUCAUUUCGGACUUGCGAUCAGUUUUACGAAAUAAAGAGAAAGGCUCGGCCAUGACACAAUUAUUCCAUGGCGACUUACACAGCAAAUUUUCAAUACAACUCAUCGAAUCUAUGUAUGAACUUAUGAGUACCAAAAUGAUCGAUAUGAUUUACACAACUACUACGAGCCUCUUAAAUAUCAUCCAGGAACAUGCGCCAAGCGAGUUUCACAUACUGCCUGAUCUAAUCGAACAACUAACAGUGAUAUCGUUCCGAUGUGGUCAAACUGAAUUUGGUAGUUUGGACAGGUUUAUUACGUACGCAUUCGAUGGUUUGUUUGAUGUGCUUCAUCACAUAUCGUACAAAUUGGAUAAACAUAUACAGUCCAGUGCCAGCACUGGCUCGUUUCAGGAACCGUCAGAGCCGAUAGACGUAGCUGUGGCAAAUGUUAGAACCGAGGUAAAGCGUUUCAUACAUAAAUACCAACAGCUAAGCAAUUCCGAUACGGAGGAUACUGAUCUCACAACAAGCACCAGUGACUUGAUGCAGGCUUUACUUGAUCCAAUGAGGAUUCUCGUACAUAAUAAAUUGGACAAUGAUUACAGCAUAAUCCUAGCUUCCUCGUUGCAGUUUAUAGGACAGUAUGUUGUUGGGCUAAUUCUAACACCGCUCAUAUCACUUGCAAAGAGUUUAAAAACUUCCAAUGUUACCAUUAGCGAUGCUCACUCGAAUUUCAGCGCAUCAUUAUCGUUACUUUUCAUUAAAAAUCAAAUGAUUUUUGAUCUCUCGAAAACACAAAAUGAUUCGGAAGUACUAGAAAGAUUAUACGACAGUUUCGACGAUCUACUUCAGAACUUAUCUCAACUAAAGAGUGGGCUGGAAUUGGCAAGAGAAAAGAGGUAUUCUCUCGGGGUUAAUGCAUUUGUUCAAUUAGCUGUGGAACAUAAAAGUGAAAAAACAUUUUCUGGAAGUUGAGAAUUUUAUAUUUAAAAUAAAACUGAGAAAA